GCCCAGGAUAGAGUAGAGCAGGAUCUCGGUAACUCAUGGCGCACCAAAAUCUCACCCAACCUUAAACCUUAACCAACUGCAACUCCCACAAAGACGCGCGGCAGUAUAAGUCAAGAGCCGCCAAAACAGAGCUCUGUUGGAGCCCCUCGCUAGGUCUCGUCCACUUCCUGAAGCAGGGACUGCUCAUGAUGCUCGCCCUCGACCAGUUGUCUCCUGCUGCCACCAGCGCACUCACAGUGCUGGGGGCCUUGUGGUGUCUCGACGUGACCCGCCGCGUCGCCAGCCUCUUGUGGCUUCAUCUUCGCCCUUCGAGCCUGGACCGCUAUCUGCUCACUUCCAGCGGCAAGCCGGGCUGGGCUCUCGUCACGGGCGCCACGGGCGGAAUGGGCGCUACCUUUGCCCACGAGCUUGCCUCCAGGGGGUUCAAUGUCGUCCUCCACGGCCGCAGCAGCGACAAGCUCCGCAGGCUUCACGAUAAGCUCGCUGCCGCCCACCCGUCUCGCAAGUUCCGCACUGUCGUCAUCGAUGCCUUUGCCGCCGCCACCGCGGGCGGUUCCGUCUCCGACGGCUGGCUGGCCUCGCUGCAGCACGACGACGACGUCAACCUCACUGUGCUCGUCAACAACGCCGGCGGCGCCAUCGAGGAGACCCGCGGCACUUUUGACGUGAUGCCCGCAGACCGCCUCAUCAAUGACAUGGCCCUCAACGCCCUGUUCCCGAUGCUGCUCAUCCGCCAGGUCAUCCCCUUGCUCGAGCGCAGUGGCCGGGGCCUCAUCCUCAACAUUGGCUCUCUUGCCGACGUUGGCAUGCCCACUCUUGGCUCGUACCCAGGCAGCAAGAGCGCCAUGGUCACCCUCGCCACCCAGCUCAACCGCGAGAUGAUGCUGAGCGGCCUCGACAUCGAGGUCCUCCACACCGAGUUCGGUGCAGUCUACCACGAGACGCAAACCGUCGUCCAGAAGCCGGGCUUCCUCGAGCCGGAAGCCGAGUAUGUCGUCCGGGCGGCGCUGGGAAAGGUCGGCUGUGGCAGGCCAGUGGUUGUCGCGCACUGGGCGCACGCGUUGGGGAGCAGCGCUUUGGCGUUCUUGCCAAGGUUUGUCCUGGAUCGCAUUUUCGUCGGCUUGGCGAGGGAUCUGCACAUGGUGGACUUGAACUUGAAGAAGGACUGAAGGAGCAGUAUGGCUACGGGAUGGAUGAUCCUGUUGUCGCCAGCGAUGAUGAACAGGGGGGUUAGACGUCCAGGCAUGUCCUGUGAAAGGACGCUAAGGACCGCAAUGUCAAUAGGUGCUCGAUUGUAGACUUGGAAGGCCGGUCGUUGGUGGUGGUCAUCAUGUCUUCAUACCGGGGCGGGCGUGGCAGCCAUCAAGAGUUUCAGCGCUCUAAGACCCCCGACGAUGCAAAGGCAGUCCCUCAGGGACAUGAUCGAAAGCAAAGUCCAUUACGCAAGGGAGGAAAUCCAAUUCCUCUAAAGUAUUCAGAGCUUCGUUCCAAAUGUUCAAUAGGGUAAAUUGA